GCAGGCCAUGGUGGAAGAGGAGCAGGCCAGGGAGGAAGAGGAGCAGGCCAACAAGGGAGAGAAGGUCCAGGAGGGAGAGCAAGACAACCUCGUACCAUCAUUACGGACGAGAUGCGAGCAACAGUCAUUGACCAUGUCAUUGUCCGUGGCAUGACAAUGGCUGAAGCAGGACUAAGAGUCCGUCCAAACCUGAGUAGGUUCACCGUGGCCACCAUUAUCAGGGUAUUCAGACAACACAACAGGUAUUGUACUCUAUUGCUUUCUUUGUCACAAUACAAUUUUACAAGCCUGUGAAAGUAGUCUAUUACAGUAGUUUCAAAUCAGUUGUUACUGUAUUGUAAAACAUGUCAAUUGACGACACGUUUCUUUCUUUAGAGUUGAAAGAAUGCCACAUAGAGGUGGGCGGGUUGCCAUAUUUACAGCGGCACAAGAAACCCCCAUUGUGGAUAUGGUUCAUGAGAACAACCUCAUCAGACUCCGGGAGAUCAGAGACAAAGUCAUUGACGAUAAUGUGAACUUUGAGGGCAUUGAUGAUGUCAGCUUGGCCACAAUAGACCGAGUUCUCCGGCGCCAAAAGAUGCAGAUGAAACAAGUCUAUAGGGUUCCCUUUGAGCGAAACUCUGCACGACACAAAGACCUAUGUUACGAGUAUGUCCAAAGGAUAUUACAGUUGGACGCGAUGGCCAGACCUCAUGAGUACCUCUUCCUGGAUGAGGCUGGCUUCAACCUGCACAAACGAAGGCAAAGAGGCCGUAACAUCAUUGGCCAAAGAGCCAUCACUGAGGUUCCUGGCCAACGGGGGGGGGGGGGGGGGGGGGGUAAUAUUACUCUUUGUGCUGCUAUGGGUUUGGAGGGGCUUGUCCACCGGCAGGCUGUCCUUGGGUCUUACAACACCCAACUUCUCCUAACCUUCCUAGAGGAGCUAAAAGAUAUCCUCCUGGACCGCCAACAACACCAUCCUGGGCCCGAACAUCCCAUUUAUGUGAUCAUUUGGGACAAUAGGAGUUCUUCUCAUCGUGGAGAUGGAAGGUUUAUGACAGACAACCAUACACUAGAGAAAACCUCCUAAGGGCAAUGGAGCUGGCGUGUGUUGACAUCCCAGUGGAGAACUUCCAAGGAUGGAUCCGCCAUUCCAGGGCGUUUUUCCCAUGUUGCCUGGCAAGAGACAAUAUAGCCUGUGAUGUGGAUGAGGUGAUGUGGCCUGAUGCAGCUCAGCGACAUGAUGCCGCACAGUGAUUGUGGUGUAAAUACUGUAAAAUGAAU